AUGGGAUCAGAGGACGGAAGCGUGUCUUUCAGUGAUGCAGAUUGCUCUGCGGGGUCUGACGCUGAAUCUCCUGUCCCAGUUACGCCAAAGAAGGCGAAGAAGCGACGGCAGGAGGAUGGAGGUUCCGGGAAGAAGCCUUCAAACCCCAAGCGCAGAAUGAAGUUGAGCCCCAAGAAUAAGGUCAAAAAGGCGGACAAGACUAGACCAGGCCGGCAUCAGCAACGAGCAGCUGUUGGUAAGGGAGGCAAAAAGAAAUGCGCGGCAUGCGCCAAGGAUCUCCCGCUCGAGAAUUAUGCCCUCAACCAAACCAAUUGCGUUGAUUGCAAAAAGGUCCUCGACGUUGUCAGCAAGAAGUGUCGUGCUGCUGGCAAAACCCAGUGGCUGAAGAACGUGAAGGCCAAUCCGAAACGGCUCAAGCAGCUCAUUAACAGCUACAAGGCCGCCUUGCUGGAGGCGAAAAAAAACGGGAACAAAAAGUGCAGCUGGAACGUUAUCACGUACAUAGAAAGCAUCAAAGCUACAUCGGCGGUGCAACACAAAGCUCAGGGAAAAAUGAUGUGGGAAGACGAGGCGGUGCAGUGGUGGCAGCGAAUCGAAGGCGGCAGUCUCACAAAGGCUGCCGCGGAGGCAAAGUGGAAGUCCAUGGUCGAGUCCGCCGAGGAGGAUGAGACUGUGACAGACACGCUGGGGCCGGCUAAGGCCCCCUUUCGCAUGCGCAUUCACGUUGCCGACAUGGUGGAUUUCACCAACUCCUACGAACGUGUGCUGAGACCGAUUGUGGAUCUAAGGGAAGUGCAAGCGCAGGGCGCCAGCAAAAAGAAAGGUACGGACCAGGAUGUGAAGAAGAUGGCAAAGAAUGUGUGCAUGGACCAUGAUUUCAUAGCCGGUGGCCGUGGUCUGCAGGACGUUGCCAAGGACCUCGCAGGUGGCUUGGGCAUGGAAGGCGCCUUCGCAGCCCUGGGCAACGUUGAGAACCUUGCGCCCGAGCCGGAGGAGGAUGAUGAUGAUGAGGAAGAUGGGGUGAGCGGGGAUGACCAGGAGCAGGCCGAGAGCGAAUCUGGAGAUGAUGAAGAUGGCAAUGGCAACCCCAAGAAGAAAGCGGGCAAACGUCGCUGGUUUGACCGUGAUCGUGAGGUUAACAAAACAUACAAAGCGGUCAAGAUCACCUAUGACAAGCUUUGGAGCGCGGCCAACUCUGAGAAGGCCAAGAUUGAGACCACAAAGAAGGAAUUGGAGAGCUUGGGGGCGAAGGAGAAGAAGCAGGUUGAGGGUGACCGUGUCAUCAUGGUUUCCAGGGAGACUUGCCUCAAUCUUCUCUUUGGUGCGCCCAACCCUCUCAAGCAGUACAUCGCCAGCUUUGAUGAAUGUUUGGAAUCCACGCGCUCCUCCGUGGAUUCUCGAGCUGCUCUUGGCAGAGCAGCUCCUUCAAGGACAUUCAGGCAGUUGCGGACUUUCAACGAGUGGUUGUCGGAGAUCGAGCAAAUCCUUGAGUGUCAGUCAGUGAAAGAUCUUGAGCAGGCCAAGGUGACCUUAAGCAACCACUUCAAGGGGCCGAUUUCCGAUCUGGUCUCAGCUGCCAAAGGGUCUUUGAAUGACGUCCAGCGGGCACUCAAGGCACUGAAGAAGGCUGCUGAGCAGGCUGCGGCAGCAAAGCCAUCAACAAGCAAGCCUGGGAAGAAGAGGCUUGAGUCGAGAGCACAUGGGCCAGCAGUUUUCCAAGCUGUGGAGGCAAUGAGCAAGGUCCCAGAGAUCAAGGAGGGCGAGGAGUUGCCUGACUUCGACUACCCGGCGCUCAUUCACACGGAGCCUGCGAAGCUGGCCAAGUUCGAAGCUCACCCAGCCGUCAAGACAACGAUCAUGCAAGAGUUUGUUGAAGUCUUUGUUGCGCAGGCUCCUGCACAGAAGGUGGAUCGUGCCCACAAGCGCUAUCCUGCGACCUCCGAUGUGUACCAGAUCUUGAGUGCUAGGAUGGCGUCCCUCCUCCGUCAGGCUGGGCCUUGCGCUUCACCAGAGCUACCGCAAGACCUCAAAGCUUCCCUGGAUUGUCAAGCUGUCGUGGUGCAAAAGAAUGCAAUCAAGUUUGCCACUGAGAAGAACCUGGCAGGCGGGGUGAGGCUGACAAUCUCUGGGUGUCGCGACGUGGUCAUGAUGCGGGCCAUGCAUGCCAAAGAGCUUCUUGGAGCUGCGUCUGCAAAGUCUGCUCGGGAACGAUUCUCGGCCUUGGACAAGGACAAGAUUGAGCAGCUCAGUGCCAAAGGUAUGAUGAUUUACUAUGCGCAAGUCCCGAAGGGUCAAGCUCUUUACGUACCGCCGGGAUGGCUGUUUGGUGAAAGAGCUCUGGGAUCUACGCAUUGGGUUGGAGUCCGGUGCGGAGUUUUUUGCGAAACGCUGUCUGCGAAGAAGGAUUUGGAAUGGCUUCUCCAAGAUUGGUUCCCUGAUGAUGAGAUAGCCAAGCUGAUGUUGGCCACCAUCGGCUCCAAGUUGGCGGGAAAGGUGCAGCAGCCAUCGCAGGCUGUGCAAGAUCAGCUCAAGCAUGCAGAGGAGCAAAAGCAACGUGAGAAGCAAGAGCAACAGAAGCGUGAGCAAGAGGAGCAGGAAGAAACAAGGCGCCAGAUGGCUGAGCAGAAGCAGAAGGAGGAAGAGCGCAAGCGUCAGCUAGAGGAGCAGNNAGAGAAGGAGCAGAAACAAAAGGAGGAGCAAAUGCGUGAGCGACAGGAGCAGGAAAAGGCAAGGCAGGCGGAGGAGCAGAAGCAGAAGGAAGCAGAGCAGAAUCGUGUCCGUCUACAGCAGGAGGAGCAGCAGAAACUUUUGCAGAAGCAGGAGCAGCAAAAGCGUGAGCAGGAGGAGCAAGAAAAUGCCAGACGCCAGGCGGAGAAGCAGAAGCAGAAGGAGGAGCAGGAAAGGCGUCAGCAAGAGGAGCAUCAAAAAGCAAAGGAGCAGAAGCAGAAAGAGGAGCAGCAAAGGCGCCAGCAAGAGGAGCAGGAAGCAGCAAGGCGCCAAGCGGAGGAACAAAAGCAGAAGGAAGAGGAGCAGAAGAUCCGGCAACAACAGGAGGAGAAGCAACGGGCGUUGCGACAGGCAGAGGAGCAGAAACAGAAGCAGGAGCAGCUGCAGCAGGAGCAGACGCGUAAGCGAGAGGAGCAGGAAAGAGCAAGGCGCCAGGCGGCGGCGGAGGAGGAGCGCCGGCAGAAGGAAGCAGCAGCAAAGCGUGAGGAGGAAGCGCAGAGGAAACGUUUGCAGAAUCAGCCUGAGACAGCUGCAAAAAGGGCGAGGCACCCGAAGCCAGAGGAGUGA